CGUUUUACAGUUACGUGUAAGUGGCCUUGUGUGGAUUCGUAUCGGACCUUAGUCAAUAGCCAAAUCGGCUUUUGUGUUGCACUACGCCCUCAGAAUAUCAGAAGGGAGUGCUUGUCUUCUUUGCCCUAUAAUGCGGACGUUUCGAGCUAAUUGUUUUAGCGUUGCCGAAGCUUCGUUGGUUUGAAAGGCUUGAUAGGCUUUGUUAAACGAACACCGUCUCAAGCAUUGAGUGAAGGACUCGAUUUCAAAUACCUUCAACCGUUUCCGAAACAGUGGGCGUGCUAUGAGCCGUAGAACUUUGUUCUGUGCUCGCUCAAGUGUAUCCUUGUACUUCUGUGCUGAGGUCCACCACGUUGCUGCAGCGUAGGUGGCCACAGGCCGGCAACACGUUUUAUAGAGUGCCAAGUGAAGUUCCAAGGGGAGUGGAGGUUCCCUCAAAAGAUGUUGUAAGAGUUGAACUCUUUGCUGUAAUUUAGAUCGAAUUCGCCUGACAUGUAAAUGCCAUCGCAUCAUUCGAUGAAAUGUGAUGCCGAAGUGAGCGUGAGCAACGCGGACAAGACCCUCACCCUUAGUCCCCGAUUUCCCAUUUCAAGGAAAUCGAGAAUGAAAGAAAUACCUUUUGCAUUCUUUGCUCGACGACCCGACGCGCGGCGCGAACCGUGCCGCCGCCCAUGUCGAGGAGAGCCGGCCAAACGGGGUCGACAUUUGCUGCUACCCAUUGUUCCAGAGAAAGUUAUUCCAUUAACGUCGUUCAAGGAAGGCCAUGUGAUGAAGAAAAAUGUGUCUCGAUCUUCGGAGGAAACUCUUCGAUAUGGCAUUGAGUAUCGCAAAACCCUCCCAAAAUGGUUAAAUGAAUCUACAAGCGAAAAAUUAAUGAAGGUUCUCGCGAGCCGCUUCAAGAAGUCCAUCUGCGUAGAAACACCUCCUUACUACAACGUGCACUCCCUUCUGGACGGCUCCUUGGACAUCAUUGCCGAGCCCAUGUUGUACGGCGACGUGAAGCCGCUGGGCCACCUCUACCCGCACCUCCCUGUCGACAUGUGUGUCAUUGUGAAGAGGAGGCGGCGGGUGCAGCAGAGCAUCAUGCAGUCCUUCUGCGCAGACACCUGGAUAGCCACCGGACUCACCCUCGUCCUCUUCGCCGGCGCCCUUCGAGUCAUCGGCCGCAGAACCGUCGUGUUCGAGGUUCUAGACACGUUCAUCAAUGGAGGCUUUGAGACCCGGGAAAGUGACAUCCGUGGCAACACGGUGAACCUACUGCUGAGCGUCUUCGGCCUGGUGAUGGUCAACGCUUUUACCGGACGUUUCAUGGGCUUCCUGGCUGUCCUCGGUGAACCCCCGCAGAUACAGACGCUGGAGGAAGUAGUUAGAGAAGUCUCUGGAGUCUUCGCACCCGAUGGACUCCAGCGCAUUCUUUAUUCUGUCGACAAAAAUGAUGUAAUCUGGAAACUUUUAUCUAGAUUCCGGCCUUACUCCAAAGAGCCGCUCCUCGUCGCCGACGCACGGCAGCGACUGGCCGUGGAGGGCCCGGGUCCAGCGUACGUGAUGGCGCGCAUGGACGCGGAAAAGUUCUUGGAGUGGCCCGGCAUGACGGAUGCAUGGGGGUACCCGCUGGCGCACGUGGUGGACGAGUGUCUGUUCACCCCAGCGUACGCCGUCCUGUGGACGCGACCCCGCUGCUCCCUUCAGCGUCGCCUCGACGCGCUCAUGCAGGCUGCCGUGGAAGGCGGGCUGGUAAAGAAGCUCUACAGGUGGGUAUUAAUGCAGAGGGUUUAAACUCCGACGCGGCUCCUACACCAACUAAACGCGCUUCUACAGGCCGCGGACACGUUCUAAUAUAAUUAUUAUUU